UGUGGGGCGAGGCGGCGGGCGGCCAAGAUGGCGGCGCCUGAGGCGACGGGGCUGGAGGGGGAGGCCUGGCGGGCCUGGCUGCCGCAGCACGCCGUCUUCCUGCGCCUCCGCGACGGGCUGAAGGCGGCCGCCCCGCCGCGGAAGGCGCCGCUGACGAGGAACCUGCUGUUCGGGCUGGGCGCCGAGCUGUUCCUCUGGGAGCGGGACGGCGGCGCCUUCCUGACCGUCCGUCUGCGGGGCCUGGCCGCCGCCGUCGCCGCCCAGCCCGCCUCGCUUUCCCGCUACCAGCGCCUGCUUUGUAUAAACCCGCCGGUGUUUGAAGUCUACCAAGUCCUGCUGAGCCCCACCCAGCACCACGUAGCCCUCAUAGGGACCAAGGGGCUCAUGGUGUUGGAGCUGCCCAAGCGCUGGGGAAAGAACUCCGAGUUCGAAGGCGGCAAAUCGACAGUGAACUGCAGCACCACCCCCAUCGCCGAGAGGCUUUUCACCAGCUCCACCUCCCUGACUCUGAAGCACGCGGCCUGGUACCCGGGAGAGACGGCCGACCCCCACAUCGUGCUCCUGACGUCCGACAACACGAUCCGAAUUUACAGCCUGCGGGAACCCCAGAGCCCCACCAAAGUGAUCCUGCUGUCCGACACCGAGGAGGACAACUUCCAGCUCAGUAAAGGAAGGGCGUACACCGCGUCCCUCGGAGAGACGGCCGUGGCGUUCGACUUCGGGCCGCUGGCGGCCGUGCCGAAGAACGCGUCGGGGCAGCUCGGGCGAGACGAGGUGCUGGCACAUCCGCUGUACAUCCUGUACGAGAACGGCGAGACCUUCCUCACCUACGUCAGCCUGCGGCAGAGCACCGGGAGCCUGGGGAAGCCGCUGGGCCCCCUGCCGAUGCACCCCGCCGCCGAGGACAACUACGGCUAUGACGCCUGCGCCAUCCUCUGCCUGCCCUGCGUCCCCAACAUCCUGGUCAUCGCCACCGAGGCGGGGAUGCUCUACCACUGCGUGGUUCUGGAAGGGGAAGACGGGGAUGAUCAGACGUCGGAGAAGUCGUGGGACUCGAGGUCCGACCCCAUUCCAUCCCUCUACGUGUUCGAGUGCGUCGAGUUGGAACUCGCCCUGAAACUGGCGGCGGGAGAAGACGACGACGACCCGUUCGAGUCGGAUUUUUCCUGCCCCAUUAAGCUCCACAGAGACCCCAAAUGCCCGUCCAGGUACCACUGCACCCACGAAGCCGGCGUCCACAGCGUCGGCCUGACGUGGAUCCACAGACUGAACAAGUUCCUCGGCUCCGACGAGGAAGACAAGGACAGCCUGCAGGCCCUGGCUACCGAUCAGAAGUGUUUCGUGGAGCACAUCCUGUGCACUAAGCCGCUGCCCUGCAGGCAGCCAGCGCCCGUCCAAGGAUUCUGGAUCGUCUCCGACAUCCUGGGGCCCACGAUGAUCUGCGUGACCAGCACCUACGAGUGCCUCACACGACCGCUCCUGAGCACGGUCCACCCGGCCUCCCCCCCGCUCCUCUGCACCAGGGAGGACGGGGAGGUGGCGGAGUCGCCCCUGCGACUACUGGCCGACCCCCAGGACUCCUUCGAGAAGCGCAUCCGGACCAUCUUGCGGCGCAGCGUCGCCAAUCCGGCCUUCCUGAGGUCUUCCGCUAAGGACGAGGCUCCCCCUCCCGCAGAAUGUCUCCAGCUACUCAGCCGGGCCACGCAGGUCUUCAGGGAAGAGUACAUCCUGAAGCAGGACCUGGCCAGGGAGGAGAUCCAGCGCAGGGUGAAGCUGCUGUGCGGACAGAAGAAGAAACAACUGGAAGAUCUGAGUUACUGUCGGGAGGAAAGGAAGAGCCUGCGGGAGACGGCCGAGCGGCUGGCCGACAAGUACGAGGAGGCCAAAGAGAAGCAGGAAGACAUCAUGAACAGGAUGAAAAAAGUGCUCCACAACUUCCACUGUCAGCUGCCGGUGCUGUCGGACAGCGAGCGGGACAUGAAGAAAGAACUGCAGCUGGUCCUAGAUCAGCUGCGGCACCUGGGCAACGCCAUCAAACAGGUGACCAUGAAGAAGGACUAUCAGCAGCACAAGAUGGGGAAGGGGCUGAGUCCCCACAAAGCCACCAUCACGCUCAGCGCCUACCAGCGCCAGUGCAUCCAGACCGUGCUCAAAGAGGCGGGCGAGCACAUCAGGGAGAUGGUCAAGCAAAUCAACGACGUCAGAAGCCACGUGACCUUCUAGAGAGCCGACGGACAGCCCGCCCGACUCGCUGGGGAACGGGCCCGGUACGGCCGCCGCCCCUUUACUUCCCUCCCCUCUUAUUUUUUUAUAAGAAAGCUUUGAAUAAAAUGGAAAUGCAUUUUCUAA